CGCGACGCGUCACUGACGUGUGGCCGUCGCAAGAAAAUGGAAGCCAUGGAUAUUUCCAUGGCCUUGGCGCCCGAUUGCCUGCGCAAUGGCGCUGGCGCUGGAGCGAUCGCUGCCGCGGCGAGGGAAUUCUCGGCGAGAUCGUCUUGCCGGGCGAUCGGGAUCCAGACGAGGCAGCGAAGGCUGCGUUUGAUUGCUAAUGCUACGAUCGAUAGGAGCGCUGGAGAUAUUGCGCGAGAUGCACCAGCGCCAGGGAAGAUUAAGAUUGAUCCGCAGAUCUUGCAACCCGUGGAUGGAUUUCCAGCGCUUCCGCGGACAUUUUCUAUCACGAUUCAUGGAGUUACUUUGGAGGAAGAGUUGGAAAGACUGAAGCAAGACAUCAAGGGUGUGGCUGGAGUGAUUGAUGUUUGCUGGAUUGGAGAGCUGGUCCAGGGAGGACCAAGAGGAGGCUAUGUCACAGUCCAGCUUGAGCUUCAAAGCGAUGCUACACUAAGGAGUGUUACGAGCGCCAUUCAAGCGCUUGACAGCUCCAAGUUGCUGGUUUUGCCAUAUAAGAACAACUCCUGGAAAUGGAGGGAUUACAAGAUCAACUUUGGAGUGGCUGGGUGUGGAAAUCCGAUCAUUCUGGUUCAUGGAUUCGGUGGAAAUGCCGGGCACUUCGGAAAUCUGCUAUCGUAUCUAGCGGAAAACAAUAAAGUCUACGCGAUCGACCUCUUAGGCUUUGGUGACUCAGAAAAGCCAAAGCAGGCUGACUACAGCCCGGAUUUGUGGGCGGAACUGGUCUGCGACUUUGCGCAGGAGUUCACGGAAAACGGAGCUGUGCUGGUUGGAAACUCCAUUGGCUCGCUCUCAGCACUCACAGCUGCCGUUAAAGGUGGAAAGAAUACUGUUCGUGGACUGGUGCUGCUGAAUUGUGCCGGGGCAAUGAACAGGAAAGGCUUAACUCAAGAUGGUUUUUUAUUGCAGCUGCUGUCGCCCGUGUUCGUAGGUGUUGAAUACAUACUCGCACAGCCGCGCUUCGCAAACCUUCUAUUCAACAGAUUUCGAAGCAAGGACAACAUCAGAAAGAUACUCACUCAGCAAGCCUAUUGCAACAAGGAAUCUGUCACAGAUCAGCUGGUCGAUAUUCUCUAUCAUCCGUCAACCGACGAAGGGGCCGUGGACGUCUUUGUCAAAGUCUUCACUGGAAACAAUCCAGGGUCGAGGCCGGAGAAACUUAUGUCCGAAGUGGAGAUCCCCGUUCUUGUCCUGUGGGGUGAUCGAGAUGCUUGGACCCCAGCGAACGGGCCCGUGGCAAAGUUCUUUGUGGAUUUGGAGAAGAAGAGAAACGACGUGAAAUUCUACGCGCUCGAAGGCGUCGGUCACUGCCCUCACGACGAUCGACCCGAGAUCGCUGCCGAAUACAUUCGCUCUUUCCUAUCAUCACUUAACUGGUAGCAACGUUUAAUCUUAAUUAACACACAUUUAAAUACUAAUCUAAUCUUUAAGAA